AUGCUGGCCCUUGCCUCCCAGUACGAGCAGAUGUUUCGAGGAACUCCGCCUUCGGAAACAAGCGAUACGGAAUCACCACAUUUGCCUAGUCAUGGAUCCUCAUGCCUCACCUCAGUCACUGAAAUCUCAAGUGUUGAAACAUCUGUCGAAUUUGAUGUGGACACGUCCACCCAGUCUGAAGACAAGGUGGAGCCACCAAUCAUUCCUUACCGAUUUUGCCUCAGCUGUGGUAAUGCCCGCAGCAUCAUUCUCUCGUUCUCUGGAAUCUGUGUUUAUUGCGUGGAACAGAGGAAAUAUUGCAUCUAUGGGGACCAUGAGGAAUAUCGGUCUGGUUUUGUCGACAAGCACGGUGUCGAGCAAGUCCGCUGCAACAACUGCCGUGACGAUGAGGAGUCGAUGGAUACCGAUCCUAAAAGCUCCGACGGAAUUGAGGUGACACCAGAGCCUCGGUCUGAUGACCAGUUGUGGAUUGACAACGAGCCCCAGGCAUACGUCGAGCCUCAGGUUGACCAUAGCUCUUUAAGCAACACCAAUCCAGACCUGUCCAACGAGCAAGACCUGUUCAACGAGCAAGAUCUUUCCAACGAGUCUCAGAUUGCCAAUGAAUAUCAAAUCGGCAAUAACUUCCAUGCGGAAAUCGAACCAGAGCUUGACAUAGAUUACCAAAUUGACAACGAGCCUCAAGAUGACAUCAAUUCCCAGGCCGACAACAGCUCGCGAGCUAAGGUCAACCCUGAGCUUAAAGACUCAUCCCAGCUCGGCAUCGGACCCCAGAUGGACAUCGCAUCUCAGUUCGACGAUGAAUCCCGGUCUGAUAGCGGAACCAGUACCCAUACUGAAGCCAGUUUCACGGCUCACAUGACACAAGGAAAUGAGAGCGAGCCCGCAAAUCAGGUACUUGAGGUCAAAACAGAACCUAUGGUCUCAAUUGACAUGAAUCAUGUUCCACAAUUUUUGUCCUUUUCAAUUCAAGGUAAUGGAAGCCUUUCAAGCCCCAUUGUCAUUGAUCCAGAUUGA